CCGAUUUCCUAACGCUACACGAAUCCCAUUUUUUCUCCCAUUUUUCUCACACCCCUUUUCUUUCUUCAUUCAACCGAGGGAACAUGGUUGCCGCUGCUGAUCUUCUCAUGCCGGAAAUGGGCGCCAGAAAGUUGCACGUGCUCGCGGUUGAUGACAGCCACAUCGACCGCAAGGUCAUUGAACGCUUGCUAAAAAUCUCGUCUUGUAAAGUGACGGUGGUGGAGAGUGGGAGCAUGGCUCUACAGUAUAUGGGGUUGGAUGGAGAUAAGAGCUCCAUUGGUUUUGAUGGUGUGGAGGUUAAUUUGAUUAUGACAGACUAUUCUAUGCCAGGGAUGACUGGAUAUGAAUUACUCAAGAAGAUAAAGGAGUCGUCUGUAUUUAGGGAGAUUCCAGUGGUGGUUAUGUCUUUUGAGAAUAUCUUGACCCGAAUUGAUAGGUAA